CUAUCAACAGGAAACCUGUUCCCUGAAGACCUGAAGAAUUUUCUAUCUACAUCUGUCUCACAGAUUUAUUUUGGUUUGCAGUAAGAUCUUCACCAUGUCCUACCUAGCACCUGUCCUUGAUAUUGGUGGAAAUGGAGGCACCCCAUUCGACUUCCGUGGUACUGACAGUGGAGCAUCACUGGAAAAGAUAAGGGUGUGGGCAGGAGGCUGGCAAAUAAGAUCCAUCAAGGUUUGGCUCACCAAUGGAGAGUACAGGGAGUUUGGGAAAGCUGAAGGAGAUUACUCUGAAUAUACAUUCAAACCCGGAGAGCUCAUCACCUCUCUUUCACUCUGGGAUAAUGCAGAGGGGGAUGAAGCUGGAACACGUCUAGGUGCCAUCAAAUUUACAACAACUCUUGAUGGCUCCUUCUUUUCAAAGAUGACCGAAUUGGAUCUGCAAAAAGAGUACCCGAUUGAUGUCGGCUCCGGCGUUUGCAUGGGAAUCGUUGGACUUGAAGGCGAAGACAUCGACAAGUUAGGGUUCCUGUUCAUCAAUCCCAUCAAGUCCACUUUCCUUACCAACACCACUUAUCCCACCCUUUAUGAUGUCAUUCCUCAGGUGGCUAUUGAGGAACUCAAAUCCAUGACUUACCAAAACGACACUAGUGUUACUCAGGAAUAUACACUAGAAACAUCAGAGAAGGUCGUCAAAAAGUCCUCCUGGUCUACGACCAACAAGAUAGAAUCAACCUUCAGCGUGACAGUGAAAGCAGCAAUUCCAGUGGUGGCAGAAGUGGAGAGUGGAUUCAGCUUCACAGAGGGAAUGGAAGAUACCUAUUCUCUGGAGUAUUCUGAAGAAAAAGAGGAGAAGGUGUCGGUUCCUGUCCAGGUUCCUCCUGGAAAAUCGGUGUAUGCAAAAGCCUGCAUUGGCCGGGCUGUCAUUGAUCUUCCCUAUACGGGCACUGUGAGGAUCACCUGUUAUAAUGAAUCUAUGCUGGAGUUUAACAUCAGUGGAAUCUACAGUGGCCUCACUUACACCACUGCAGACGUUCAUGUGGUAGAACAUGUUAAAUCGCAGGAGUAG